AUGUCGUCGUUUGCAUACGUACGGGCGAGCAACGAUAUUGGGCGGGGAUCGGCGACGUCCUCCUGCGGGGGGGCAAGCAUGGCGGGUUGUGGAAGCAACGCGCCGGUGAGCUACAGGGGGCACUCGCCCUUGGCGGCCAGAAGCACGGAGUCAGGUAAGGGAAACACGACGACGGCGGCUGGCAACGCGGCACGUGGUGGCAAGACC